ACAGAAAUUCCCUGCUAAAUUAGGUUAUGUUUUUAAUUUUUUAUAAAUAUUUACGCAAUAGCAACAUAUCGAAAAAUAUCGAAUCGUUCAGGAAAAUAUCGAAUUUUAUCUUUAGCUUUUCACGCUAACCUAAAGAGAAGAAAUUUGGUUGGAAGCCGUAAAUUUAUAAUCAAAAAAUCACGAAUAGAAACGAGCAGAGGCUAUUGAAAGCUCGGGGGUUCAGCCUCAACCCCAAGAGUUAUGAUGAAAAGUGCUGUAUUCACAUGGUACAUGAUUAUAACAAAUACAAGUACAAAAUUUCUUCUAUAACAUGAUUCUUUUGAAUCAUUUGAUUAAAUCAUUUAAUGAAGGAUUAAAUUUAGACAAUGUUUAUUUCAAAAUAGUGGAUAUAACUUCGUGUGUUAAGAUAUUUUUUGAAUAAAUAUGUUGUUUUAUAACAUUUGAAUAAAUAAAUUUAUAUAAACUUAUCAAGAAUAAUUUAUCAGAAAUUCUUAAAUUGAGCUGAGUCAUUACUGAACUCUCACAAUUAGUAAGGUUAUGUUAUAAAUCUAAUCAACAUUCCGAUUUUACUAUGAUUCCCUCAAUAAUAAAUGUGCAAUCUGUUUUGGUUGAACAUGCAUAUGGUGGUAAAGUUUACGCAAAUUCAGGAUGUCUUAUAGAUAAUAAGUUUAUUCUUAUAACUGCCAACGUUCUUGUGCCAUUAUUGAACGAAUCUAAAAGCGACUUACGAUCAAUACCAUUCGGUUUAUUGAACCCUUUGAGAUUUUUUGAUAAACCUCCCAAGUUAACAAUUAUUAUAAAAAACGAGGACAGUCGCAGCCAUCAAUACAAAGAAGCUUUAGUAGUUGCCGCUUAUGUCAGUGAGAUUACAAAAAAAUCUGUUUCAAAAUAUUUAUAUGAUUGGGCAAUAGAUGUUGAUGGUAAAGAGGACCAAUUAAAAGAAUCGAUUCCAAUAUUUUUUAUAGCUAGUUUCAAUUUUAAAAAUGCUCCGAAUGCAAAUGAACUUUUGGAUUGUUUAAAAAGACUUAAGUUACAAUCUUUACAAACAACCCUGUCUGCUGGAAAUAAAGUAUGUAUCGAAAGUACUCCAUUUGGUAACAGACACUUUUUAAGGAGUCAUAGUAGAGGGAUUAUUUCUAAUGUGACGGGAGAAAAUGACUGUUUUUUAUUAACUGAUGUCCCUGUUGCCCCUGGUAGUGAAGGAAGUCCUGUUUAUACAAAAUUUGGAAAUGAUGAAAUUCCAAUUGGUAUGGUUUUAUCUUGUAUGAGCUGGUGGAAAGGGGAAUGGAUUGGUUUAACUUUGGUAGCAUCUUUUAAAAGUGUUUUUAAUGAAAUUUUAUCCAAUACUACAUUUAAAAUUCCAUUAAUUUCUGAGGCCCAUAUGAAUGAAACAAUAAAAAAGCUUAAUACAAAUGUUGCACAAAUAACAAGUGGAAUGUUUUGGGGGACAGCGAUUUUAUUAAAUAAAGAAAAUGGCAUUUUUAUAACAAAUUCUCACGUAAUAGAAAACGAUUCACCCGUUUUACAUUAUAAAGAAACCAAUAUAAAAGCGACCGUAAUUUACAAAGCGAAAGAAAAUCAAAUUUUUGACAUUGCUAUUUUACGCGCCAAUCAACACGACCUCGAUCAUACUGACAUGGUGUCUGUAAAGCUAUCACCGAAACCAAUGAAUUUAGGAGACAACGUUUUCGCAUUAGGGUUUCCACUUUUUCCAAGACACACCAAACCAAAAGCGACACUUACAAAUGGUCAUGUAUCUCAGGUUUCUAAAACGAUGUUAAAAACGACUUGUACAGUUUUGCCAGGAGCUAGUGGUGGAGGAAUUUUCGAUAAAAACGGGGAACUUGUAGGAAUCAUUGUAUGUAAUGCUAAAAUGGAAGAUAGUUCUACUACAUAUCCUAGAGUUAAUAUGGCGAUACCAAUAUCUCGAAUUUAUGAUGAUUUAAUCGAAUUUCUAACAAAGAAAGGUGAGAUAGCCACUAAAAGAGUGGCUGCAAAAACUGUUCCUAGGUUUUGAUCAAAAUCAUUAUAGAUGACUGAUUUAAAGAUUAGAUUCUACCAUCUUUAUACAGGGUGGUUCAGUUUUUUUGGGAAACUUUACUAGAAUGUAGGAUGAUUUUCGAGCUAUAAGCGAUCAAAGUUGA